UCCAUUUUGAUCAGAAAUCCCAGAGCUUCGAUUAGAAAUCCAAAAGUUAGAAGACGAAUCUCAAACUUCACCUGGCGUCAUUGCCCAAACCCGAUCGGUCACCUACAUGCCCCGACCCAACGACGGAGCUCUGAGUGCCAAAACAUAACCCCCGGCGAUGGAAUCGGACCGCUUGUAAUGAACGCCGUCGAGCAGGUGAUGGAGUCUCUCGUCGCGAACGAGAGUUGCAGCACAUUUUGCGUGUUCUGAACACCAAUGUGGAUGGAAAUCAGAAGAUCAUGUUCGCUCUGACCUCCAUGAAGGGUAUCGGUCGCCGUUUAGCCAACAUCGUCUGCAAGAAGGCCGAUGUCGACAUGAACAGGAGGCUCUUGAAAGUAGUCCUCAGGAGCAACACUCUGCUAGAGCUGCAUUCUCCUCUAGAACAGUGCUCUCCUCAAGAACAGCAACAAAUUGACUCGGGUCUCUUUUCUUCAGAUUAUGAUGGGAGCUUUCUAGAUGGUUUUUCAGAUCUUGAUAGCUCUGAUGACGAGGUAACCAUCGAUCCUACAUCUGAGGCGGAGACAAAACUUAUGUCCUUGGUUAAAAUGGGGUAAAAUGAAUUGGAGGCUUCAAUGGCAAUAGAAAGAUGCGGUAUAACUUUAUUUCUUUGAGAAUUCUCAUGUAUAGAUUUUUCUCUAUGCUUUAAUUCUUUUUGACGAUUGUCUUGGCAUUCUGUAAACUGCUAUUUACUUAUUUACUUGCUUUAGGUAUAUGCUUAUCUUUAGCUCCAAACGAAACUCCAGAAGUAUAACUAGAACAACUUCGUUUAGGGUCUAAAAAUCUAAUUUCAUCUUCAACACAUCCAAAAAAUAUAUUGGUUCCUUUCUGGGUAGUCAGGAAUCAGGAUCACAAUCAUGUAACUGGAACUGUAUAGCAGGACAAUCUUGUGGAAUUAGGCUACAAUGGUUUUGAUAGCAUAAAAAAGGCCAGUGAUUUUGGGGCCACAAAACUCCUUCCUAAUAUUAUAUGUUGUUUAGUAGGAAAUCCAACCAGGUUGACUAGUUUCUUUGACAUGGACAAUAAGCCACAUUUUGCUAGUUCAGUCAAUUGGUGAUGCCAUCCAUCCUCAGUGUCUUUUUCAAUUCUAUAUAUGUUGCUACCUGUCUCUUUUACUUGCUCCUGUUUUUCUCAUUCAAAUAUUGCAGAUGGCCAUCUUCCCCUUGAAGAGAUGGUAUUGUUUGUCCUUCUUGCUGAUAUUCAAUUUCUGGACUAAGAAUCAGUUUAUCUACACAUUCCAUGUCUGGUAGAUUUUGACUGCUGGUUCAACUUUUACAGCGUACGCAUCUGCGGAGUGAGUGUCCUGAGAAGAAUAAAAGGAAACUUUGUGAAUCUUCAUGGUUGAAAAGGAAAAGGAUUAUGGGACAUGGAAACCAGAUCUAGGGGAAGAUGCUGGUACAAUUCAUCUCCCGAAUCCAAUUAAUGGGUUUGGGACUCCAGCUGAUCUCUGUCAAAUCCACAGAAGUCUUCCAGAGGCAGCCACAAGACCUCCUUAAUUUUACUAUGAGAAUGUGGCAUUGAUUCCUGAAGGAGUUUGAGGCACAAUAUCCCGCUUUUUGUAUGACGUGAAGCCUGUGCAGACUGAGCUAUG